UACCCUCACCUUCUCCCACAGAGUCCAAAAGUCUGUUCUUUACAUCUGUGCCUCUUUUGCUGUCUCGCUUACAGGGUCAUCGUUACCAUUUAGUCUAAUCUUAUGUUACAGAUGAGGCCUGAGGAUUUGGGGGUUGGUUCUUACUGUGGGCCCCUUUUAAAGUAUUGUGUUCCCCCAGGCACUGUAAGAAGCCUGGCACUACAUAGAAACAGUAAUGACAUUGCACGCCUAAGGAGGGCGAUUGAGGUGGAGGUCGGUGGCACCCCAGUUGGUCUCUGUAAGACUGCAUCCCUCCCACAGCCCCCCAGCCUGCAAGAGGACUGAGCCGAGAACAGGAAGUGCUCAGAACCUUCCUUGAUGUUGCCAUGGUGCCCACAAAGACCGGAGGAAACCAAAGGCCGGCUCCCCUGCCAAAGCUCCUUGCCCUCAGGAAGAAAACAGUGAGCCCCGCGUGUCAUGAGCACUCCAAGCAUUCAGCCCCAGAAGGUGAAGGGCCAUCAGCUGUCCUGUCGUUCAGAGACCGACGUAACAAGAGUGCCUCCGCUCCGCUAGCUCCUCCGUCAGCACACCCUCGGGGGCCAAGGAGCCUCAGGACAGCAGGUGCUUCUCUUUUGUGCAAUCUCCGGGAUCCUUCAUGAAAAUGCUGAAUCCGCAGAAACCCCGGCUGGAACGCCGAAUUGCUGGCUCAACCAAUCGGUGGCGUUUCCCCAGACAGCCUUUCUCGGGAGACCUGCUGGGGCUCUCCCAGAUGUGCAAGGCUGCCAGCAUAGACUUUGAUGAAGUUCUGAAGAACCCAGGCAGGUUAUGCAUUUCACAAAUUCAGAGGAUUUUCCCUGAGAAUUUGAAGAACAAGACCAUCCAAAGCAGAGAGGCAGAUGUGAUUCUCCAAUGCCUUGGCUUCAAAUGGGAACUCCACCAGCCCCAGCUUUUUCAGUCCGAGACCUUGGCCAAGCUCUACCUGAUGGGCCUGGCCCGGGGCAACGCAAACCCUGAGAAGGAGUCAGUGAAAAUUCUGCAAGCCCAGCAGCCUGGCAGGAGCCGAGAACAGCGCCCCGUGAAGAAGAUGAUCCUCUCCUUGAAGAUCAAUGACCCUCUGGUCACCAGAGAAGCCUUCGCCACAGCCCUGAAGAACCUCUACAUGCAUGAGGUGAAGAUAUGCCUAGAUGACGUGCUGGGCGUGCUGGCCGCUGCUCACAUCCUCCAGUUUGGCAGCCUGUUUCAAAGGUGUGUGACCAUCAUGAUGAGCGGACUCACGCCGAGCACCAUCAAAAAUUUCUAUCUGGCUGGCUGCAAGUACAAGGAAGAGCUCCUCACCACCGCCUGUGAGAAAUGGAUGGAGAUGAACUUGGUCCCUCUGGUGGGGACACAGAUCCACCUCCGGAAAAUCCCAAAGGAGCUGCUCCACAAAGUGCUGAAGUCCCCCAGGUUGUUUACUUUUAGUGAGUUUCACCUUCUGAAAACGCUCCUUUUGUGGGUCUACUUGCAGCUGAACAACAAAACUCAGACGUUUCCGAUGUACGAAACCGUGUUGAUGUUUUUUAGCAGCUUCCCCAAGAACUGUGCCUUUCUGGACCGGAAUGUGGGACAGAACUUGAUCCCGCUCUUCCUUUGCCUACGUCUGCACAGCAUCACCAAAGGCAAGGAUCUGGAAGAGCUUAGGCACAUAAACUUCUUCCCUGAAUCCUGGCUGGUCCGGGUUACAGCCAACCACUACCACGCGCUGGAGAAUGGGGGCGACAUGGCCCACGUGAAAGACCUAAGCACCCAGGCGGUGAGAUUCGGGCUGCUUUUUAACCAGGAGUAUACAACACAUUCAAAAGUGAUUACCUUAUAUGGAUUCUUCUUUGAGAUAAAAGGAAUCAAGCAUGACACUACCUCCUAUAGUUUUCAUAUGCAGAGAAUAAGGCACACUGACUUGGAAUGUGCCUCCGCGGUCUAUGAGAACACUCCCAUCAGCCUAAGAGCCGAACGCCUGGUGACAUACGAGAUCAGAGCCCAGACCAUGGUGGACGGCAAGUGGCAAGAGUUCAGGACGAACCAAAUCAUGCAGAAGUUCGGGUUGGUCAAGCCAUCCUGCAAAAGCCACGCCUUGAAAAUCCAGACUGUGGGCAUCCCUAUCUAUGCAAGUUUUUCAUUUGUCUUCUCAUUAUCUUAACAGUUUUCAGAAGAAUUUCUUCCACUGGUCCACAUAAGAAGAAAUAAAAUAACAUGAAAGGGACUGCUCAAAUACUCAGCUGACUCUCCUUGUUAGCAGUGGUCGCGUUAGCCCUUUUGUUCGCUGUCUUGGUCUGUUGGGCUGCUAUAACAAACCACCGCAGACUGUGGGGGCGGGGGGCUUAUAAACAACAGAACUUGAUUACUCACAGUCUGGAGGCUGGAAGUCCAAGAUCAAGACGCCUGCAGAUUCCACGUGCUGUCUGGUGAGAACUUGCUUUCUGAUUCGUAGACGGCUGUCUUCUCCCCAUGUCCUCACAUGGUGGAGGGGGUAGGGAGCACUCUGGGACCUCUUUUAAUGAGGGCACUAAUCCCAUAGGGAGGGCCUUGCCCUCCAGACCUAUUCACCUCCCAAAGGCCCCAUUUCCUAAUGAGAUUUCCUUGGGAGGUUAGAAUUCAACAUGUGAAUUCUGGGGAGACACAUUCAAACUAUAGCACUCCCAUUUGUGUUGUUUGAGGAUGGAAAGUACCAGAGCCAUGAGUCUGUUGCCAUCACUGACCCCAAAGGUCCCUGAGUCCAGCCCUAACUUGAUUACAUUUGGAAACACUCUGAAGGGAGCACCAGCAGCAACAACAUAGUCCAGUGGGGAGCUGCAGGGAUCCCCCUUUCAUGACGCAUUCUGUGCCUGCUACACAGAACAACAUACCUGACCAUUGACCGUGGCAGAAGAAGAGGUAGGAAGGGACGACAGUAAUUAUAAGGUAUGGAGUGACUUACUGACUGUCCCCCCUUUUUAAAUGGAACUCUGCGGUUUGGAGAAAACAAGGGAAGAGAGUUUCUCUUCUCACUCUGUGGAUUAGUUUUCUAUCUCAGUGUAGUCAAGCACCACAAGUUUAGUGGCUUAAAGCAGCGUGUACUUAUUAUUAUACAGUUGUGGUCUCAGUAGUCCAGGUGGCUUUGCCGCAUCACCUGCUCAGGGUCAGGUCUACAAGCCAGUGGUGGCUGGGCUGUGUUCUCAUCUGAAGACAUGAGUGGGGAGAAGCCAUGUGCAAGCUCAUGAGGCUGCUGGCAGAUUCAUUUCCUCGCAGCUGUAUGACUGAGGGCCUGACUGCUUACUGGUUAUCGGGAAGAAGCCACCCAGGUUCUAGAAUCCCCCUGCACUUCCCUGCCACAUGGGGCUCUCUAGAGACAUUUCAGAGCAUGGCUGUUUGUCCUUCAAGGCCAGCAAGAGAGUUUCUCUCACUGUGGUCUGCUAAGACAGAGCCUUGCAUAAUCUAAGGUUAUCUUGGUGAUGACCCAUCACCUUGACCAUGUUCUCUGGGCUACAAGAGAGUCACAUGUUGAACCUAUACUCAAGGGGAGAGGCUUAUACAAGGGAUCACUUUAGAGUGUGUCCAUCACAGAGUGUUAUCCGGUGUCUUUGGGAACGUGAUGGAGCAUUGCUGAUGCUGUAUGGACAACAAGGUGGUAGACAAAAUUUAGUCUAAUGAUCACCUUAGAAGCAGACGGGCUAAAGGAGCCUCCUUCCCAGCAGAGGAGCGAUGCCCUGGGCAGAGUGACCUGGCAGGGAGAGAGGUUGGUGGGAGUGUGAGAAGGGGCCUAGUGGAAGAGUUGGACAAAGGAACUGGGAGUUGGGUCUGUCCUGCAGGCCUGUUCCCCCGCUUGCAUCUGGCCAGGUCCAGCCAACAGGAACUGGUGUUGGGAGUUUGGAGAAUAGGAGACUGGGAGAAACCUGGGGAUUUCUCACCCUCUGGGCUGUGGACAGCAUUUUCCAGCAGAAGCUGUGUCUCCUCUAUGGCUCCAGCUCCACUCUGUCAUCCUCGUACCUACCUGGCAGACUCCUGCUGUGGUUUCAGGACCAUCAGAUAGCCUUGCUUCUGCUUCUAGGGACACCACCUGUGUAUCCCUCCAGGCCCAGGCAGUGAAGAUUUCCUGCUGGUCUUCAGGUUGCCUCAUUCUCCUCCGUUUGCCUUCAGAGGUCUUCCUUCAUCUGUGUAAUCUGUUCUCUCUAUUAUAUUUAUUCUGUUCAAAAACCCUGGAAUACUUCAUGCUUUUCAGACUGUCCCUGAUAUGAAGUGUUUUGAUGAACUGAUAGGUGUGACCCAGUGGGGUAGCCUGUUGGAAAACAUGGCUUCAAUUAUUCCUCCCACCCCUGCAGGGCUGGGACAAGGCCAGGCAAGUGAGGCAGUCUCCUUGUGUCAAAAUAUACCAUCAUUCAAAUAGGAACUUGGUGAAUUUUCAUAAAAACUCAAAACCAAUGCUAAAAAGCUAUGAUGUAGGUUGAUGAAUCACCGCAGGUGAACACACCCCCAUCCCAGCCACCUGAUCAAAACCAGAGCACGAUCGGCACCCCAGGUGCCCCCCCACCUUG